GGGAGAGACUAUACGCUGAGUAAAGGAAGUGGAAGGCGAGAGGUGGAGGGCAGAAAGGAGACAGAAAGAUUGUGGAGCGGGCUAAAGGAGAAAGAAGAGGAAAAAUGAUGGAAUUUCAAGAGCGCACAGUGGGAACGUCAGGAAAGUGUCUCGGAGUGAAAGCGAGCAACAUGGGGUGGGAGUGACGGAGUUGACAGUAAAAGAGAGCAUGAGCGAGGAGGCUCUUCGCGUUUCCAUUUCUUGGACGAGGAAGGAUGGAUGUGAGAAUGAACCAAGGACACCUACUUUUGGCAGUGACUCUCAUCGUCUGCAACUCACAGCUGCUGGUGGUCGCCAACUCAUGGUGGUCAUUAGCUAUGAACCCCAUCCAAAGACCGGAGAUGUACAUCAUUGGAGCACAGCCUCUGUGCAGCCAGCUGAUGGGCCUGUCUCAGGGUCAGAGGAAGCUCUGCCAGCUCUAUCAGGACCAUAUGGUUUAUAUCGGAGAGGGGGCAAAGACGGGCAUCAAGGAGUGUCAGUAUCAGUUCAGGCAAAGGAGAUGGAACUGUAGCACGGUGGACAACACAUCCGUGUUCGGCCCCGUCAUGCAGAUAGGCAGCAGAGAAACAGCUUUUACUUACGCCAUCAGCGCAGCGGGCGUCGUGAAUGCGGUGAGUCGGGCGUGCCGUGAGGGCGAGCUCUCCACCUGCGGCUGCAGUCGAGCGGCUCGCCCCAGGGACCUCCCGAGAGACUGGCUGUGGGGCGGCUGCGGGGACAACGUCAACUACGGCUACCGCUUCGCCCGGGAGUUCGUGGAUGCCCGCGAGCGCGAGAAAAACUACCCGCCGUGGGUCUGUCGUAAAACGCGCACGCGACUUAUGAACCUACAGAACAACGAGGCCGGGAGAAUGGCAGUGUACAAUCUGGCCAACGUCGCGUGCAAGUGUCACGGGGUCUCCGGCUCGUGCAGCCUGAAAACCUGCUGGCUUCAGCUGGCCGACUUCCGGCGUGUGGGAGAGUUCCUGAAGGAGAAGUACGACAGCGCCGCCGCCAUGCGCAUCAACCGACGAGGCAAGCUGGAGCAGGUCAACCACCGCUUCAACCCCCCGACCAGCGAGGACCUGGUCUACAUCGACCCCAGCCCGGACUACUGCCUGCGUAACGAGACCACGGGCUCUCUGGGCACCCAGGGCCGCCUUUGCAACAAGACCUCGGAGGGCAUGGACGGCUGCGAGCUCAUGUGCUGCGGUCGCGGUUACGACCAGUUCAAGACCUACAAACACGAGCGCUGCCACUGCAAGUUCCACUGGUGCUGCUACGUCAAGUGCAAGCGCUGCACGUCGCUCGUAGACCAGUUCGUGUGCAAGUAGCAGCCUAGGGACAGGAACAGACGCCCUGGAGAGGCACUGAGCAAUUAGCGGGAGAGGAACGGGACCCUUAACGGACCCAGAGGGGGGGGGGACUUAGAGAUAAUUAAAUGUAAAAUGAUAUAUUAAAUAGCAACAAAUUAAAGUAUAUAAAUAAGUGUACGUGUGCCGUUGAUAGUAAUUUAAUGACCUUUUCUGACU